CCGAGCUAAGGCCUGCGCCCCGACGUCUCACGGCAGCAGCUGCCUCACCGUUUUCCCCGCGUUCUGAGGUCGCCAAAGGAAACCUGACGUCACCGCGGAGCAGGGAGAGCUGGCAGCGUUUCUUGCAGAGAAGGUGUGUUGGUGAGAUAGGGCCACUUGUUCCUGUGGGACUUUAAGCUUCCAAGUGUGACAUUUGUCCUGUAGAAGCUCCCUUAAAAACGUAAUCUGUUUGUGCAGUAGUCAUGUCUGAAGAAGACAGUGGUGAAAAUCUGAAAGAGGAAACCUCUUACGAGGGCGAAAGUGAGCGGAAGGUGGAAGAACUUGGCAGCACUGAGAGCAAUGAAGAGAAGGAACCUGUGCCUGUGACUCGGAAAAGACCUGAACCCAAAGCCCCAAGUCAGUCUGCUGACACAGAAAAGCCCACAGCUGAAACUUCCAAGGUUUCAGAACCUCCUGCAUCUCAGUCAGGAUGGGGGUACUGGGGAAGCUGGGGGAAAUCCCUUCUGUCAACUGCAUCUGCUACUGUAGCUACUGUAGGUCAAGGUAUUUCAAAUGUCAUAGAAAAAGCAGAAACAACCCUUGGGAUCCCCAGUCCUAGUGAAAUCUCUUCAGAGACCAGAGAUGCUGCUAGAGGAAGUGAGAAUCCCGAUGUUAGCAGCGCAGAUGCAGCUGGUGAUGGCAGUUCCUUUCCUAUUGCUGGAGCUUUUGGAGUUCUAUCAACCAUCUCUACUGCUGUUCAAAGCACAGGAAAAAGUGUUAUUACUGGAGGUUUAGAUGCCUUGGAAUUCAUUGGGAAAAAGACAAUGGAUGUGAUAGCUGAGGGAGACCCUGGAUUCAAAAAAACAAAGGGCCUAAUGAACAGAACCUCUACGUUAUCUCAGGUCUUACGAGAGGCAAAGGAGAAAGAAGAGCAGCAGACAGCUACUGAGGUUACCAUGACUACAGAGAAGAAAGCCCAUUAUGGGUUACUGUUUGAUGAGUUUCAGGGUCUUUCACAUCUGGAGGCCUUAGAGAUGCUUUCUAGAGAGUGUGAAUCAAAGGUGAAAUUGGUUCUAAGUGCCCUCUCUGGAGAGGAGUUGGACACAGUGAAAGAGGAAAUGGAGCAACUUAAUGAAGCAUUUUCUUUAGCUGAAUUCUUUGAAGAAGAAGAGGAAGAAAAGAAAGGAGAUGAGGAGUUCACCAAGGAAGUAACAGAGCUGUUUUCAGAAUUGCAUAUCUCCACAAAGCCAGAUAAACUGAUCAUGGUGAGAACAUCUGCUCAUGAAUGGAUAGCACACUUCAACAGCAGUCUUCCUAAAGAAGAAAAAGAGAGUGAAGAAAACCAGGAAGUAGAACCUGGAGGUGGUGACCAUGAUGUUAAAAAAUCAGUAGAGGAUAUUCAUGCAUUUGCCAUAAGAAGUCUGGCUGAACUGACAGCAUACUCCAUUGAGACCUUCCACAAAACCGCAGCUUUGUUUCUGCAUGGUCAGAAACAGGAGGUGACUGCCACAGACAGAGCCAAGUCCCUUUCACAAGUGACGAUGGUGCUGUGUAAGGAACUGUCAUCUUUCUCCAAAGAGUUUACUACGUGCUUAACAAUUGCAGGGGUCGAAGAGAAGGCAGAUGUGCUUAAUCCCUUAAUCACUGGAGUGUUUUUGGAGGCUUCAAACAGUGCUUCGUACAUUCAAGAUGCCUUCCAGCUCUUGCUGCCUGUACUGCAGCUCUCUCUUAUUGAGGCUAGAACGGAACUAUCCCAGCAAUAAAAGCCCAUCUAAUUAAGACCUUCUUGACCUUCUCGCUUCGUAUUUUCCAUGCUGGAGACUGACGUAAUGGCUGAUAUUAAAAAGGAAAAAGAUGAACUGAUCGCUGCUACUGCAAGAGCAAUGAUAAAGUGCAGUCUGACAAUGACAGCUCUUACAGCUCAUUGAGGGAUGUGAUUAGCAUAGUCCAGGCUGGUGGAGGAUGUGACAGACUUCAAGCUCAGACUGCUUCCCUGUUUCCAUAGGCUUGGAGUGGAGUGUCUCUGCUGUAUGUGUUAACAAGCUCUUUGGAGAAACUCUCUAAACUGUGGAGACAGUGCUGGAGAAAAGAGUAGCAGCUGGCAAUUUAAGAGUUAGCUGAAGUCAUAGUUGAUUUUUAAGUCAGAGAGACAUAACUAGGCUUCUGAGUGCUCAGCAUUGGAGCUGAAAUGGAUACAAGAUGCAAGAGAAGAUAAAGAUUUUUGAUUAUCACUCCUGAUUAUUUUUCAAGACUGGAAAGAAUAGAACAGAGGGGGUUCCUUCUUGAGCCACUGUUGCAGAAGAGAAGCCCCAGCUUCCUGAAGGUGUCUGCUAAUGACUCAGGGAUGUGGGACUGGGACUCACUAGGGUGCUGUUAUUCUUGCAGAAUGCUUGCCUCAGCACAAACUGGAAAAAUGUUGAUCUGGCCCUAAGAAUGUGGGUACUUUACUUUAUAGCAAUAAAUGAGAACUGGCUAGAAGGGAUUGAUUCUUGUUUGAGCAAUCUAAUGAGAGAAUGGAGCCGUAGGAUGCCCCUUUUUUAAUGUUACUUGACAUGUCAGCUGCAGACUGUUCAGACUCAGAUACUGUUUUUUUUUCUAAUUUACGUAUAAAAAUACUGUAAUGUAAUGCUCCUUCUUCUAAGAUCUAUUAAAGCAGGGGAAGAGGAAGCAAUUUGGUUCUGUUAGCAGGAGUCCUAAUUUGUCUCAGAAGCUGCUUCACGUAUCAUAUCUGUUCCUUUGUGCUAUGAAAGUUCCCUGCUUUGUUCCUUUUUACAAUUUCUAUCUUCUGAGCUUUCCCACUGGGAGGGAACAGCCUCUGUUGGAAUCACAAGAGCAGAAAUGCACAGCUUAAAUGGAACUUAAAGAAGUCCAGAAUAGCAAACCAGAGGUGACUGAGUGUCACACCUGCCUCAUUGGUAAGAGUGAUGCUCAGGUCUUAUUUUUAAAAUCGUCUGGGUUUUAGUAGGUCUUGCAGAUUUCUGCAGUACUGAAGGCUUAGAGCAGUUUCUCUGCUCUAUUGUGCAACAGAGAUACGUUCUUUGUGUUAGCAUACCUCUCUGCUAAUGCUGCUCUGGUUUUAAAUGCAUGGAAAAGCCCUUGCCUUAGUCCUGGUUAGGCUGAUCAAAUCAAAGUAUUUUAUUUUGCUUUUUAAGGAAUGCUAGACUUGAAAGGAAUGUGAUUAGGAAAGAAGAACAUCUGUGCUACAAUAAAUUAUAUACUUUUUCUUUA